ACUGGAGGCGGAGGAGGAGAAGAGGCCAUUGCCCAACCCCAUCCAUUUCUUUGCUUUUUCCUCCAUCUUCACUUUACAACCCAUUGGGGUCCCCAUCCCAUAUCCUAUCCCAUAUCCCCCAUCACUAUCCCUAUCCUUUCCUCCCCUUUUUUGUUUGAUGUAUCCUUCUCGGGAGCCGUCCUGUUUUUGUGGUCCCCGUCCCUAACCCACUCCCCCUUCCCCCCCUUUUGUCUCCUCUUUAAAUUUCUUUUAUCGCGACACCGACGGACCCAUCCAACCGGUCGACAACCGAACCAUGUCCGUCCGUGUCGUCGCCAGGAUACGUCCGCUGCUUAAAAAAGAGCUGGACAAGGAUGUCAUUGUACGCGCCGCCAGCACCGAGGAAGGCAGGCCCUCUACGAUAGUCAAGAUCCCCAACCCGAAGAACGAAACCGAGGAGUUCUCGUACAUCUUCAACAGCGUCUACGAUCAAUCAUGUACCCAGGAGGAUCUCUUCAAUGCCGAAGUAUACCCUCACAUCAAGGCCCUCUUUCAAGGCCUUGACGUAACAAUAUUCGCCUAUGGCGUUACCGGCACGGGCAAGACGCACACGAUGCGUGGUGGAAUGAAGAUGGUCGACCGCGGUCUCAUCCCUCGACUAUUGAGCAACGUGUUCCGGCGCGGCAAGAAGAUCGAAAAGGACUCCAACGGCGAGACGAUAGUCGACGUCCACCUCUCGUACUACGAAAUCUACAACGACAAGGUAUACGACCUGCUCGAGCCGCCCGAGAUGCGCACCCCGAUGGGGUUGCCUUUGCGAGAAAAGGAGGGAAAGACAUUCGUAGUCGGGUUGACGGAACGGCCCUGCGACGACGUCACGGACUUUGAGCGGCUAUACGUCGAAGCCAACAACAACCGCGUCACGGCCGCCACCAAGCUCAACGCCCACAGCUCUCGCAGUCAUGCCAUCCUUCGCGUCAAGGUCACACAAACAACAGGGGACAUGGUGUUGGAAAGCACGGCGUCGGCCAUCGACUUGGCUGGCUCCGAAGACAACCGCCGGACAGACAACAAUCGAGACCGCCUGGUCGAGUCAGCCGCCAUCAACAAGUCCUUGUUCGUCCUCUCGCAAUGUAUCGACGCCAUCUCCCGCGGCGACAAACGCAUCCCCUACCGCGAAUCCAAAAUGACGCGCAUUUUAAGUCUGGGCCAGAACAACGGGAUAACCAUCAUGAUCCUCAACUUGGCCCCGAUGCGCUCCUACCACCUCGACACGUUGAGCAGUCUGAACGUCUCGUCCCGCGCCAAGCGCAUCGAAGUCCGCGAGAUCGAAAACGAAGUCGUCUACAAGCAGCCGCACCGCUCGCACUCUUCGACCUCGUUCAGCGGCCUAACCAACGGCGUUCUGGCCCCUCGACAGCCAUUGCGUCCGAUCGGUUUAGGCACUCACAACUCGUACACCGGCAGCGCCCCCGCUUUAGCUCGCUCCAGUACCGACCGCGCCGCCGCCUCCGGAGCAGUCAUCGAAAAAGCCGAAAAGCCUUCGAAGCUCUUCAACGUGUACACCGACCGCGCCUCAGCACACAAAGCCACCGCCUCCAUGGGCGGCAGCUCCCGGUUCGCCGGCCCUCCACAAGCCAACACCUCGCAGAUCCGCCAACCCCUCUCCCUCUCCGGCUUGACCUCCCGCCGCUCAAUGACCGACACGGCGACCGCUUCGCCCUCGGAAACAUCCGCUCUCCGCUCUGGCCUUAUCGGCACCGGCCCGUCGAAACUCGCGAGGCCUACUGGGCUUCCGCUCCCCGGCUCGGUCUCGGCUGGUGUUUCCCGCCAAAACAGUAGCUCCUCCGGCUCCAUCCAGCCCCCACAACAGACAAGCAAAUCAGUAGACAACACCCCCAUCCUCACCCUCUCAGCAGCGCAAAUCGAAGCCAUGGUCGAGAAAAAGGUUGCCGAAAUUCUAGCUGCCCGCGCAGCAGCCGCCGCUGCCCUCGCCCCGCAAACACCAACCCCUUCUACGCCCAAAUCCGAGAACCACCACCCCCCUGGUAGCGAGCAGCAGAAGUCGGAGCCGCAAAUCAGCGAGGAGGUGCAGCGCCGGCUGGAGGCCCUGGAGAGGAGGAUUGAAGAGCAGAGUAUGUCUACUUCGCGAUCUAGUUCGCGACGGGGACGCGGGCAUUCCGGAAAAGAUGAGAAGAGCGCGGGGUUGCAGUUAUUGCUGGAGGCUAGAAAAGCGAAGGAAGGGGGAAAUUUGGAAGAGGCGUUGGGGAUGUAUGAGGAUGCGCUGGGGUUCUUCCCGGGGCAGAGGAAGUUGGUGGGGAAGAUUGAGAAGUUGAAACUGAAGCUGGGGAAGAUUAGUAGGGAGGAGUAUGAGGUUGGUGCGCAACUUAGGGAGGAGGCGGGGUCACGACAAGGCAGUGGAGUUGGAACGCAACAGAGUAGGAGCGCGAGUGUCAACAGCGGACGACGAACGGCCAUGACGGGGAUUUCUUCGACUGACCCAGAAGCGGAGGAGGAUGACGACGACAUGGAAGCCGACGUGGAAGAGACUCCCGAAGAAGCAGAAGCGAGGAGGAGGAGACUGUUGAAGAGUCGCGGCCGCAGCGCCACCUUGGGCGUGGGCAUUUCCAGGUCGAGGCAGCAGUUGUAUAGCAACACCACUACCGACCACUCCGCCUCGGAUUACGACGAUCGCUCCCCCUCCAACUCCGACCAAGAACCGAGUCCUCGAACCAAGCAGCUGCUGGAUAUCGUCAACUCCCGCGACACGGAACUGAUCAAGUCCCUUAACGGCUUCGGGCAGAAGCGCGCCCAGGAUUUGGUGGAUCAUCUGGAUGAAACCCAGGGACCGAGCGGCAAGGUUAGGAGUCUGGGUGAACUGACGACUGUACCGGGCGUGGGAGUGAGAACGGUGGAGAGAGCGUAUGAAGGGUUGGCGGCUGCGGCGGAGUUGAGCUCGAAGUUGGCGUUGAAGACUUAUUAUGAUGAGACUGAGACUUUUUAGGGGAGGAGUCUCGAGACGACGAUAAGAGCGAGGGGGUAUGGAAGGGGAGGG